AUGUCGGCAUCGUUGACCUUGCUCGACACUCGCCCGGAUGCGAACGACAGGCAGCACUUUACCUUGGCCGGCUUCGAGGCGCACAAUGCCAACCGCGCCCCUGACCUACGGACCUUCCGAGCCCCGAUGGGAGGGCGCAUUUGCUUAAUGACAGGCACGGAUUCGGUUUGCCGCGAGCUCGCACGCUUCCUCCUGGAGUGCGGGGCCACGCUCUAUGUGGUGUGCCGAAGUCAGUCGGUGGCAGAUGAGCUGGUUCACCAGCUCAGCUUUGCCACCCGAGACCAGGCCUGUCCGGAGGUCCAGGUUUUGUUGGGGGACCUCAGCUUGAAGGCGGAGAUGAUGCGCUGCUGGCGCGAGUUCCAGGCCAAAGAGCCGCAGAAGCGCCUCGACGUCUUGGUCUGCGGGGAGCAGCGCUUCUGCCCGGCGAAGCGGCUCACCGCGGAGGGGUUCGAGGAGACCUUCGCGGCCAACCUGCUCGUCGGCACCUACAUGCUGUGCCCCUCAGGUCACUUGGCCAUGCCUCUCCUGCAGGCCACUCCAAACAGCCGAGCGGUGCUGGUGAGCAGCUGGGAGAUGCCCCUCGGGUCGAAGGGCUUCGGGGAACUUCAGGUCGUUUUGAAAGAGAAGGCAAAGAUGAUGCAUAGAUGA